CACUAACAUCCGCUUGAUGAUGGUGGGUUUAAAACAGCUCAAACCGAAGAUAAGCGCAAGAUAAGAUCAGCUUUAGUCAUUUAACUCAUUAGCAUUCUUUUCGAAUGCUGAAGAAUUCUAGAAAUACUCGAGAGAGAGAAAGUCUUCCGCGGAGUGCCCUUGCACGGGCGCGCGCAGCAGGACACAGCGGCAGUGCGUGCGCGCGCCUUCCGCGUCUGAUUGGUUCGCUGACAGUCAGCCAGCGGUGCGAACCGGACUUCAUCAACGGACAGCGAUCGGUAUCAACCCAAACAGUGCUCUGCGGACCGGCUCCCCGUCUCGUUCCGUCGCCGUACAAUUCCUCCGAAAUGAAUCCACUGUGUAGCAGAUGUAACCGAGUGGUGUAUCCCACGGAAAAAGUGAAUUGCCUUGACAAGUACUGGCAUAAAGGAUGCUUUAGCUGUGAAGUCUGUAAGAUGACUCUAAACAUGAAGAACUACAAAGGCUUUGAGAAGAGACCAUACUGUAAUGCACACUAUCCGAAGACGUCAUUCACCAGUGUUGCCGACACUCCGGAGAACCUGCGCCUGAAACAGCAAAGCAAGAUGCAGAGCCAGGUGCUCUACAAGGAGGAAUUUGAGAAGAACAAAGGAAAGGCCUUCAGCGUUGUGGUCGACACACCAGAGUUGCAGAGAAUCAAGAAAACACAAGACCAAAUCAGCAACAUCAAGUACCAUGAGGAUUUUGAGAAGGGCCGGAUGGGAGGGGAAGGCCCGCCUCAGCACCCACAAACACCUCAACAAAACACAACUCCAGCAUAUCAGCCCUCGGCAGCAUCUCAGAACUAUCACUUUGAGACUAAGCCCGUGCUUCAGGCCGCUGCCGCCCCUCCUCCCAGCUCUGGGAAGCGCUACCGAGCGGUGUAUGACUACACCGCAGCUGAUGAGGACGAGGUGUCGUUCCUGGAUGGUGACAUGAUCAUGGAUGUGCAGCAGAUCGAUGAGGGGUGGAUGUACGGAAGAGUGGAGCGCACCGGCCAGCAGGGGAUGCUGCCGGCUAACUAUGUAGAGGCCAUCUGAACAUAAAUAGAGAAAGGGGGAAGGGAGGAAAAGAAAAAGAGGGGGUUGCGGCAGAAAGACAGAUGAUUAGCCGAGUGCCAUCUCACCUUUCAAGAUCUCAUCUUUUUCCUCUUCUUUUCCUGCACUAACUGUCCUAUCAGGGGUCGGCCUCUAUGACCCGGUUAUGAUCCAAAACAAAC